GUAUAGACCUAAAUAGUCAUGGGCAUGUCCAAUUGUUUGAAAAAUUCAAGUCUCUACCUUCUUUUGAUGUAUGGCAAGUUUAUUGGAUAAUUUAUUGGGAUGGAAGGAGUUUCACAAACUUAGGAGCUUAAAGAACCUUCAACAGCUUUUAGCAAUAAAGAGGAUAAUUCUAAACAAUUUGAGGUUUGAAAAUUUUACUUUGUUAGAAAAUUUUCUUUGAAAUUUAUCUUGGAGAAAAGUGUCAUCACUAUCUCUGAAAUUUAACAAUAGUUUAUUAUUGAAUAAGAGAAAAUGCUUCCAAAGCAUCCUGAACGCUUGCUAUAAGGUAACAUUCAAAGUCGCAAUUUGACGAAUAACUAUAAGUCAAUCUUCAUUUAUGAAGCUCUUUUCUGCCUGUCGGAAUACAGAGAAGUUAAUAUUUCUGUCUUGCAACAUUUCUAUCCCGAAAGUGCCCGACUUCGGCCAUUCUUUAGAUGGAAGUAUAGGCUCUGGACAUUGAGGUUAUGACUGAGACUGUUUGACUCCUUCUAUGAUCAAAAGAUUGAAGUUAGGCGAUUGAAGAAUAAAUUGGUUGAAAAUAAAAGGAGAAUAUUUGGAUGUUUUGUCAAAAUUGGUAGAAGGACUCUCAAAGUCACAAGAUUUCAGAGAAACCUUAGAAGAAUUUGGUGGAUGCUAUUCUUUUAAUGAUCAACAGAAGACGAUGAAAAUAUUUAGAGCAUAUGGAUUUAAACUAACUCAUGUUAGAAUUGGUUAG